GUGUUGAGAAGAAACCCUUGACGCCCGACUGAGAGCAUAGGAACCUAGAUUAAGCUGUGCAGAGAUAAAUAAUUCAGUAUCACGGCACACACACACAUAGACUCGAACCCCUGUAUUCGACUCGGCCGAGCGGGCCACUGUCAAGAUGAGAUUGCUCUCGCUCCUCGCCGUAUUAGGAGCGACAGUGCUCCCGGCGGCCCUCACCGCGGCCCAAAAGCUCCCCCUAUCGACGUCGUCGCGAUGGAUCCUCGACGCGGACGGCAAGCGUGUCAAGCUGCGGUGCGUGAACUGGGCGGGCCACCAAGAAGCCAACCUGCCGGAGGGCCUGCACAAGCAGUCGAUCGACUACAUCGCGGACUUCAUCUCCGCGCAGGGGUUCAACUGCGUGCGCCUGACGUACUCGAUCGACCACGCGCUCAACCCGGACGUCCGCGUGUCGGACUCCUUCGCCAGCGCCGCCAGCGCCGCGGGGGUCAGCGCCAGCGACAUGGACGGCAUCUACGCCCAGGUCGCCGAGAAGAACCCCUUCGUCAGCGGGGCUACCACGCGCGCCGUCUACGAGGCGGUCAUCGCGGCGCUCUGGAAGAGGGGCGUUAUGACUAUUUUGGAUAACCACGUCAGCAAGGCGAGUUGGUGCUGUAACCUCGACGACGGCAACGGCUGGUGGGACGAAGGGUUCGGGUACAACCAGUGGAACAGCCGGUUCUUCAAGACGCAGGACUGGCUGAACGGGCUGGAGGCGAUGGCGAAGUGGUCGACGUCGCAGGCGGGGGUGAUCGGGAUGUCGCUGCGGAACGAGGUGCGGGAGCUGCUGCUGCAGGGGACGAACGGGCGGGCGGACUGGUACGACUUCAUGACGCAGGGGGCGCAGCGGGUGCACGGGGCGAACCCGGACCUGCUGGUGAUCGUGGGGGGCACGCAGAGCGCGACGGACCUGACGCACCUGCGCGUCAACAAGGCGCUGGACGUCAGCGGGUGGAAGGGCAAGCACGUGUGGGAGUGGCACGCGUACUCGUUCACCGUGACGUUCGCGCUGGCCAAGGGCAACUGCAGCCUGCUCAAGGAGACGUACGGGCUGUUCGACGGCUUCGUGCUGGCCCAGGGCAAGGACUACACGGCGCCCCUGAUCCUGUCCGAGUUCGGCUUCGGCAUGUCGGGCGGCCCGAACGACGGGCUGUCCGACGAGGACAACGCGUACUUCCAGUGCCUGCGGGAGUACGUCACGGGCAACGACGGCGAGUGGGCGCUGUGGGCCGUCCAAGGCUCGUAUUACGUCCGGGAGGGGAACGUGGGCGCGGACGAGGGGUGGGGGUUGCUGGAUGGGGACUGGAAGAACUUGAGGAACCCGAAGCUGCCCGAGUUGUUGAAGCCCAUGUUCGAAGUUACUCAGGGGCCGUGAGGAGAGAGAGUGAGAGAGUGAGUUAAGGGUGAUAGGAGAUUUCUAAGUAAAUAUUUUUAUGUAAAGACAGGAUGAUGAUAAUGAUUCUUCUUGGGUAUAUAGGAGGUGUAUAUAUAUGAAGUU